AUGAUGGCGGCCACAAAGUUCAACUCGAAAUCGCCCACGAUGCGGCGCAUUAUGAAAGAAGCCGCCGAAUUCUCCCAAUCCCCCUCACCAGACUACACCGCAGCCCCCUUGGAAUCAGACCUCUUCGAAUGGCACUUCACGCUGCGCGGGCCGCCCAACUCCGCCUUUGCCGAGGGCAUCUACCACGGACGCAUCGUGCUGCCUCCCACGUACCCGUUACGUCCUCCCUCCUUCCGCUUCACGACGCCCAGCGGCCGGUUCGAAGCGAACCGCGAAAUCUGCCUCAGUAUCUCGGGUCAUCACGAGGAGACGUGGCAGCCGGCGUGGGGGGUGCGGACGGCGCUUGUCGCGCUGAGAAGUUUCAUGGAGACGGAUGCGGGCGGGCAGAUUGGCGGUUUGACUACCGGGGAGGAGGUUAGGAGGAGACUGGCCAGGGAGAGUAGGGGUUGGAAGUGCAAUGGGUGUGGGGGGAGGAGUAAUGAGGAGAUUUUGAGGGAGAGUGAGGAGUUGUGGAGGGAGAGGGAGAAGCAAGAAGGGGUGGGGAAGAAGAGGGAGGAGGUCGAGGUCCCUGCUGAGUUGAAGAUGGGGUUUAGGGAUGAGAUGGAAAAGGAGAAGGCAAAGGCUGAGAGAACUGAGGCGGAGGGUGCGGGGGAGGAUGCGGAGAUUGCGCAGUUGGCCGAGGGUUUUGUGCCGACUGCGCCCGAGAAACAGGUUCAACAUCAACCUCCGGCCGUGCCGAACGUGGCUACAUCCGCUCUGCCGGCCAGACCAGCACAAGGUGUACCCGCGCCGACGAGGACAGCCCCGUUGCCGGAUCCGGUGGGGCAGGCCGUGGCGCAGAGGGCGAGACAGCUGGAUCCCAAUGCUGGCGUACCGGUGUGGGUUGACUAUGCCAUCAUCACGCUCGGUGGACUGCUGGUGGCGAUGCUGGUGAAGAUUCUGCUCGGUUACUGA